GCCCGGCCGCCACCCGUCGCGAUGGAGGCGGCGGGAAUCUCGGGCCGCGGCUGGGGCUCGCCCAGGGGCAGGCCGGCUCGGUACAGCAAAGGAACGCGGGAGCUAGUGAGAGCCACGAUGGAGGAGCUGCAUCUGACGCAUUCUCAGAAGCGAUACCUGAUGGACUACGUGAAAAGAGGCGAUGCCCUGCCCCUUCAGAGAUUCCCCCCGUCCAGCAAACAGCCAGUGCAUGUUUCCUACCCAGCAGCCUGUCAGCCAUGCAGGCUUCCAGCUAGACCGCUUCUCCGACCUGCCAAGGUCUGCCAGGCAGAAGAUGCCUACACCCGAGAGAAAUUCAAGCCACAGCCCAUACGAGAUUUGGAAAAGGAGAAGAGAAGACUUCAAAACAUCUUAGCAACAGGGAAGGAUGAGGUAGAGGACAAGGUGAAGCAGGUGUUCAUUCAGAAAAAGGAAGAGGAGAUAGCUGCGCCUGACCAAUUUGAAGAAUUGAUGAAUGAAAUUCAAGAGAGGAGGGAAUUCCUGGCAGAGAUGGAAGCUCUAGGACAGGGUAAGAAGUAUCAAGGGAUCAUCCUCACUGAAAUCUCACAGAAAUUGCAUGAGAUGGAGAUCAUUGACAAGAAGAGAAGUGAGGAAAUGAGAAAUAUGACAAAAGCCUUCCCUGUUGGGAACAAAUCCAGUCUCCAAGACUAGGCCAAGGGCAAAACACAAGUGCAAUUUGUUCCCACCUAUUCUUCCCAGACUAUCGACAUUGGAGGCUGGUCUGUGACUGUUUCCAAAGAGGGGGCAGCACCAUCUGUUGCCUGAAACUAGAAGGCAGGACCAAUUUGUACAUAAGCAGCAACAGAAGCUGUAAAAUCCUUCCUGCACACUGGAUCCCUUCUUGCUCAAUAAUAUUAAAGACAUGAAAAUACAUAGCAAUGGCUCCCAAAACAUGACAAAGCAGAGCCUUUUUUUUUGCCUGUGCAGUGCCUCAGAGUACAGCAAUCCAUCCAAAGAAAUGUCAUUCCUUCCCAUCUGCCCAGAGGUGGAGGUUUCUUGUGACAGCAUGAUGGUAACACAUGCUGCCACCACACCUGUAACCUGCUCGCUCCUGGCCCCGUGACUUCAGGAAUAUCUCUGGAGGAAAUGCAGCUGCACAGCCUUGUGCAAUCACAAGCCCUUGGCAUUUCUGCAGGUCACUGUGGCUGUGACCUUAAGCAUCAGCAAACCUCUGGUGGCAGCCCCAGCUGUGCCAAGCAGGGACAGGGGAUUUCAGCCCAGUGCCCGCUGCUCUUUGCUGUGAUUUUUUUGGUUCCUGAAAGCACGGUAUACAGAAUAGCCACUCUAUUCCCACAGAGACUGAAAAUGGCUGUUUGCUCACCUGAUAAAUACCUGCACCUCUGUCCUCCAGCAGGCUGAAGCAUAUGAUGUCCCACUUUUCCUGUGCAAAUCCCAGCAUAACAUCCAGUUUCCUAUUUCCUUAAGAUCUCAUCCUCUGCUUCUUAGCAAUACUCAGGCACUUCCCAAAGCCAAGCAGCAUGCCCUGGCUGUGGGACAGCACAAGUGCACAAAGGAAUCAGAAACCUAAUCCACAAUCACUUUUUAAAUCCAAUGUUUCUUUUAUUUCUGCUCAGGUGAAUGGAAGUCAUGGAGUUAGUACAGUAUAAUUUACAAAUCAAACUGCUGACCAGGCGCAGGGCCAAGGGGUGUCAGGCUGCAGCAAUCCCAAUGGCCUUUGGCAACAGUGAUGUGACAGCAGGCUCUAAAGCAGUUUUAUUCUCCUUAGAAAAGAGUUGUGCUUUGGGAUCUCCCCGCCCCUAUCACUGCUCCUCAUCAGCCUGCUGUGUAUGGCAAGGGUGAGGUGGCAUUACCAGCACAGGGCUGGACUGGCCAGCUCCCAGCCAUGGGGGCCACGCUGGGAUUGAGGAGGGGCUUGGGUCCCUCUGGUUUUGGGAAAUGAGGAUCCCUCUCCAGAAUGCUACACCAGCCACCUUGCAAGGCACUGCUCUGAGAGCAUUUUGGCUAAAGCCUGUUGGGUUUUUAGAAGAGACUGCAGCAGAUGGCUCAGGGCUGGUUAUGUCUAAUUUGCUAAUGAGAAGGCAUGAUGAAUAGCUGACCAACCAAACACCCAUGAAACUCUAAUUCAGACUGAUCCAAUAAUUCAAUAAAUAACUCAUCAUCUUGGAAGUGAAGGCAGGAAACAAAAAUGGAAGGAAGAAGGGAUGGUUGGAAGAACACUGCCCCCCUAUUCCCUCCUCUCCUCUGAUGUACACACACGCACACACAUGACAAAUAAAAUAAGGGGUUUAAA